CCCUCCUCCUGUUACUCACUAUAGCAGGUCAGAUCUCAGUCUACUGCGCCUACUGGAGCUGCUGCUCUGUCUGUGCUGGUGGAUUUUCUGGAUGUCGGUACACUGGAGGACUGCCGUUAACCGGGUCGUCUCGCGCACACACAGACACACACACACACACACGCAUGAGCUGUUAUUGGACCUGAGCUGCUGAUCUGUGAAGUGUAACCGUGGGAGCAUGUCCAACAUGGUGUUCUGCUGUGAGGAGAAGCUUGAGAGACUAACGCAGGAGCAGAUCAUCUCCAAAACAAAGAUGGUGAUCCAGGGCCUGGAGGCACUGAAGAGUGACCACAAUGUCAUGCUGCAGAGUCUGAUGGACAUCAUCAAGUGCUUGAACAAGGAUGAGGAGGCUGGCCUGGUGCAUGAGAAAUCCUCACUGCUGCACAAGUCUGUGGAGAUGAUUGAGUUAGGUCUGGAGGAGGCAAAGGUGCUGACGGCUCUGGCUGCCCACCUGAAUGCAGUGGAAUCAGAGAAACAGAAGCUGCGAGCUCAGGUGCGUCGGCUUGGCCAGGAAAAUAAGUGGCUGUGGGAUGAACUGAGCAACGUGCAGCAGAAACUGCAGAAGUGUGAGCAGAGCUUAGCCCAGGUGGAGGAGGAGAAGAAGCACCUGGAGUUCAUGAACCAGCUCAAGAAGUAUGACCAGGAAGCCUUGCCAGAGGACGGGGAAAACGAGGAGAUAGCAAAAGACGUUCUGGAUGAGUUGUUCCCUAACGAUGAAGAGUCAAGUCAACCAGGAACAACGCGCCAAGCAAGCAGUGCGGCAAUUGCAGCAGCCCAGAAGGGGGGCUAUGAGGUCCCUGACCGCCUCAGAACCCUCCAUAACCUGGUGAUACAAUAUGCCAACCAAGGCCGCUAUGAAGUGGCAGUGCCACUGUGUAAACAGGCUCUGGAGGACCUGGAGAGGACUCUGGGCCAUGAUCACCCCGACGUAGCUACCAUGAUCAACAUCCUCGCUCUUGUAUACAGGGACCAGAGUAAUUUCAAAGAAGCGUCCCGUCUCCUGUAUGAUGCUGUGACUAUCAGAGAGAGGACUCUGGGUGAGGAACAUCCCUCGGUGGCUGCUACGCUGAAUAAUCUUGCAGUGCUGCAUGGGAAGAUGGGGAAGUACGUGGAGGCCGAGCCGCUGUGUAAAAGAGCUCUGGAGCUGAGGGAGAAGGUCCUGGGCAGAGAUCACCCAGAUGUGGCCAAGCAGUUGAAUAACAUGGCACUGGUUUGUCAGAACCAGGGCAAGUAUGAUGAGGUGGAGUAUUACUACUGCAGAGCCCUCGACAUAUAUGAGAAGAACCUGGGUCAGGAUGACCCCAAUGUCGCCAAAACAAAGAACAAUCUGGCCUCAUGCUAUCUGAAACAGGGUAAAUAUAAGGAGGCUGAGAUCCUGUACAAAGAGAUUCUUACACAAGCUCACAAGAAGGAAUUUGGGACAGUAGAUGCUGAAACCAAACCUGUCUGGAUGUACGCUGAGGAGGGCAGAGGCACGACUGCGGGUAACAACAUUCAUUAUGCAGAAUAUAGAGGCUGCCAGGUGACCAGCCCUAUACUAAACAGUGCCAUGAGGAGUCUCGGAGCUCUGUAUCGACAUCAAGGCAAAAAUGAAGCGGCAGAAAUUAUGGAGGAGUACGCCAUGAGAACACGCAAACAGGGAGCCACAGUGGAGCCUCUGAAGGACGCCGGCCGGAAGAGAAGCUCUUCUCAUUACAGCGUUAAGUAUGAAUCUGGAGAUGAUGGAAAUGUGGAGUGGAGUGGGGAUGGCAUUUUGAAAAGAACUGGUUCUCUGGGUAAAAUGCGAGAGGUGCUGCGCAGGAGCAGUGAGAUGCUGGUGAAGAAACUGCAGGAAACAAUACUGCAAGAUUCCCCUAACCCUAACUUGAAGAGAGCAGCCUCACUGAAUUACCUGAACAGGACAGGAGAUGAGUAUGAGGGUGGGAGAGGAGGCAGGAGGCUGAGAGACAGUCGAGCCCUGAGCUCCAGCACUGUGGAGCUAUACGACAGCACUGGAAAAUAGAAUACACACACACACACACAUAUUCACUUGCCUGCACACAAAUUCUUUUCUUUUACCUUGAUGCAAACAUUUAUAUUUCUAGCUCAUGUACCAUAUCCUGUACAAGUGAGUGAAAUUCUUCCACUCGUUGGUUGUUUUUCUGUACAGUAAACUUGAAAUCAUGUUUGAAUUUUAAAACCAGUGAUUACUGUUAUUAAUAACUAAGGAAUGUGCCUAUACAAUAUUUUUAUAUGAAAUGUGCAGUGUGAUUUAUUUGAUGAAAACGGCUAUUAUUUUUGAUUCUCCAUGCGCCUUUUGAAUGUUCACACCUCUCAGGGAAAUCUAACUCUCCCAAAAAAAAAAAAAAAGGGCAGUGAUGACUAAACGAAGGUCAAGUACCUAAAACUGUCUUGUUUGUUUGUUUUAUUUCACAGCUGUGUGCACUGUACUGCACAGCUGGGUUGUUGUUCAUGCUGUUGAAGGCAAUCAUUUGCAGUAGCAUUGGGCGACACUUAUAAUAGCCUUUCGUUCUACAGAAAAAGAAGUAAGGAAGAUUAUACCUAAAAAUAGGUGUGAUCUCACAAAUGUUAGAUGUAAUUUUUUUGUUGGAUUCAUCAUGGAAUGUCUUUGCUGAUGCUGCAUGGGCUACUCAGGGUUAAAGAUGACAAAAAUGUUGAUUAUCUGUAUAGUUCAGUCAGUGUCACUAGGAGAGAGGUUUGUAUUAGACUGUAUAGUUGUUGAAGCACUGAGUGCUGCGGAAAUUUCUGUUGAUUUGCUUUCAGACAUUUCAAAGUAAGGCAAAACAUUUCAGUUUUAUUCUGUUUUAUAUCUAUUGUUUUUGUGGACCAUAGAAAGCUGUGAAUUUCAUUAUUUUGUCUUAAAAGGGAAAACAGAAAUCCUGUGGAGUUCAUUUUGUGCCCUGGUCAAAUUCAUGAUGUACAAGCAGAGUAAAUAAGCAAAUAAAUCUUCAGUCUUUACAACA